CUACUUUACAAAUGGUGGCAAUCGUGAAAUAUCUCUUGGAAAGGGCCUCCGAAGAACGCGCGUCUUCGUUGAUAAAUGAAUUCUCUGCGCAACGCGCCGUCGUGUCAUUGCCGGGCAUUUCGGUGAAGUAACUGGGUGGCGCGGAAGUCGAGCACUGUCGAGAUGCUCGAUCCUGUCCAAAUACUGUGGCUAGUGGCGGUGGCCGUCCUAUGGGGCUUCUCAGCUCCACUCAUACGUCGAGGAGGCAAAGGCGUGGAGGACAUCAAACGUGAAGGAGCACUCAGUCAGUGGCUAGCAGAAGUGAAGUUUCUCGCCACUAGGCCUCAGUAUGUGAUGCCAUUCCUAAUAAACCAAAGCGGGUCUGCUAUUUACGCUCUGGCUCUAGGAUCUGCAGACUUGUCUUUGGCGGUGCCGUUAACCAAUGCUCUCAACUUCAUCUUCGUCACUUUGGCUGGGCGCAUUCUGGGUGAAACGACCACCAAUGCCCGUACAUACAUUGGCAUGGCCUUUGUGACCACAGGUGUGACACUGUGCGUCGCAGACAAAGCCUGGAACCAGAAUUGACGACCAACUUUCAAUUUUUUCUUAUUCUAGAGCGUUGAGAGAGCAUUCACAUGUGAUAGCAGCACCUGUCUGUCAUCUGUGCACACCGAGAAAAAUGGGAUCGUCGAACGGCUUGUACAGAAAUGGUGAAAUUCCAGGCGCGUAGUUGGUCACCUGUUGGUACACCUUGUAUUUAUUUAAGAGCUAAAUAUAGAAGUAUUUAAGUGCU